AAGGGCUGAAGAGCCAUCCGCUUCCUCCACCUCUCUCUCUCUCUCUAAAGGAAGGAAAGAGUAGAAGAAGAAAAAACAGAGCAAAUCCCCAAUACUCCCAAUGCCGGAGCCCCAGCAUUACAGUGACUACGGCUUCGAUCCCCAGAUCGACUACUUCCAGGUGUUAGAGGAGGCCCGGAGACACAGCAAGAGGAGCGAAGCGCGGUCGCUGGACGCGCUCCACUUCAAGCUCCAGAAGCCCAUCUCCAAGGAUGACGCCAAGUCCCGGAAGAAGCGCCGCUGGUGGUGGAAAUCCGCCCUUUUCUUCUGGAAGCGCGCCAAGGCCGGUGGCGACGAUGACGUUGGGUCCGGUUGCCGCCGUCCAAAGAGCUACGCCUCUCCUUACCGGGCGGUGUCCGGACCGGUGUACGCGACAGAGAGUGGGGGGUCGAGCACGCCGUGCCGCACCAGCCGGCCCAGCUCCGGGCCGCUGGCUGCGGCGGAGGUCGGGGGGGUGGGGCUCCCGUAUCUCAGUCUUCGGGAUCUCAACCUCGUUGACGGCCACCGGUUCUCCGCCUCCGCCGCCGCCGCCCCGACGCCAAUGCCCAUCUACCUUGUUACCUGAGUGCCGGCACCGUUCGAUCUCUCCCUGGCUUUCGUUUUUAUUUCCCCUUCUUUUUUUUGGUGGGUCAUGGCUUGAUCUCCUCGUUAUUGGGGUUUGCUGUUGUUUUUUUUUUUCCCCUCUAAAAGUGGAAACGUGAAGGAAUUUGAGGCGAAAGUGGAGUAUUUUUUGGCCUCAUUUUCGUUAGUUGUCGAGUCGCUUUCGCUGUGCCUUCUUUCCCAUUUGCUCGCCACGUGCCUCUCUGAGUGAUCUGUUUUGGUUUUGGGUUCAACCUCCGCUCACAGGAAUGAGCAUAACCAACGAGCAACAAUGCAUUUGGCGGGUUGGUGCGUUCUAAUUACGCGCGGCCUUGCGAACGCUGUUUGCGUUGGUUGGGCUGGAUUCCCGGCUGGAUCGGGAGUUGGGAUUGCAAUCAAAAUAAGUUGCUGUGGAGUCAACGGAUCAGGCUUUUGAAUGAUGCCUUCUGUAAAGGUGAUUAGAUUUGAGCCUUUUUCAGGCGCGGGACAUGGUUCUCGAGAGAAGUCAUAUCAUCUCGUGUUUGGGGCGUCAAUAUGACUAAUAAUUGCUAUUAUUUUAACAAUAACUUAUUGAAAAGGCAUUAAUAUGUUAUUAUAUUGGUUAAUCUGUUUUACUCGUAAUCAUCUAUCUCUUGAUGUUUGUAAUCCCAUUAUUAUCUUGAUAUUCCUAAUGUACUUUUUAUAGAACAAAAUAGAAUAAUAUUCUCUUUUUACUGUGUUUA